ACGUCAUUAUACCGGUCCGAGGGGACGUCCCGAGGGUUCGCGGGGGUAAUGCUCUUGGCGAGCGCAAGUGAGGAGCCCCGGGCGGCCUUUUCUCCCUUCGUGCCCAUCAAGGGAGGAGGAGAGGGACUCGGUCGGUCCCAGGUCCACCAGCAGUUGCGACUGCAACCGAUAAAGCGGCGGCCAGCGGGGGGAAGCGCCUCGUGGUGCACGGCGGUGCUCCUCUAACGGCGGCUAGGAGGGAGUUAUGGUGUCUCGCGCAUGCAAUGACUGUGGCCGCCGCAGCCGUGACACUGUGGCAUCGUGCCCACCUCUACAAGGCGCUCGCCUGCGUCGUCCUCGCCCUGAUCGCCGUCCAGUACCUGCUUAGCGGCGGCGUGCUCGAUCGUCGCUCCAUCGAGACCAUUUUCACGAUCAACGCGACCAGAUACGCGGAUCGUUCGUAUAGGACUCAUCCGCGCGGCCUGAUCAUAUACGGUCCGGCAACUGCGGUGCCGAACUUAACCGGGGGUGGCAAUGUAUCUUCGACAACGAUACUCUCAAUACUGGCCAAGAGCCUAUCGAACUCGUCCAGAUUCGAGCCCGUGCCGACUAGAAAUCUGGUCGGCGGAGCCGCACGAGAACUUCCGGUGGCGAACGCGACUAAUAACACGACCAUGCCACGAUGUCCCCUCAUCCCACCGAAUUUGGUUGGACCGGUGGUCGUCAGUAAGUCACCGCCACCCUUGUCCGAAAUGGAGAGGUCAUUCAUGGAGGUGAAGGCGGGCGGUAGGGGUUGGCCCGCGGAUUGCAUUGCCAGGCAUCGCGUAGCCAUAAUCAUUCCAUUCCGCGACCGACCACAGCAUCUGCAGACCCUUCUCUACAAUAUGCAUCCAAUCCUACUGCGGCAGCAGAUCGAGUAUCAGAUCUUCGUGAUCGAGCAGGAAGGUACCGGAGCCUUUAAUCGAGCAAUGCUUAUGAACGUCGGCUAUGUGGAGGCUCUGAAAGAAAGAACCUUCGAUUGUUUCAUCUUUCAUGAUGUUGACCUACUUCCGGAGGAUGAUAGAAAUUUGUACACUUGUCCCGAGCAGCCCAGACACAUGUCGGUCGCGGUGGACAAAUUCAAGUACAGAUUACCUUACGCCGAUCUUUUUGGUGGCGUAUCCGCAAUGUCGCGCGAACACUUCCAACUGGUGAACGGCUUCAGCAACGUCUUCUGGGGUUGGGGUGGCGAGGAUGACGAUAUGGCGAAUCGCAUCAAGGCCCACGGCUUGCAUAUCUCGCGUUAUCCGGCGAACGUCGCGCGCUACAAGAUGCUCACGCACAAGAAGGAGAAGGCCAAUCCGAAGAGGUAUGAGUUCCUGAAAACAGGCAAAAAGAGGUUUUCCACUGACGGGCUAGCCAACCUGCAGUACGAACUGAGCGAUAAGCGGAAGCCAAGAUUGUACACGUGGCUCCUGGUGAGACUGACGCCACCGCAGCCCAGCUGAUGGCUACCCUGGCUCGGCUGAACGCUCCUACGCGCCAAGUUUACCCCUAGUAGCAAGGUCAAUACGAUCGUUACGAGAGCACGUCUCUGGAGUUUGCUAUUCAUCGAUGGAACAAGAUCAAGAACGAAAAUCAUUCGCGCAAAAUAUGUUUGCGAGAGAAGCGUGGCGUUCUUCUUGCGUGAAAAUGCCAAAUCAUUGACGAAAAGACGAGGUUCCGAAUGCACCGGUUAUUUGUAUCCUUAACUGAUCUAACUGCAAACAUUUAUGGCACACUCGAUGCAUAAUACAAUUCGUUGAAAGUAAGAAGCUCGAGUAAUGAAUAAUGAGAAAGAUAAGAAUAAUGAGGAAUGUUCUGUAAGAUUUCAUAAUCCUUAAUUAAAAGAGAUGCCAUAUAGUGAUAUGACCUCUCUGUAUUUAGAAUUUCUAAUUAAUCCUACGCCAUCCAGGUUUUAUCGGAGAUUGAUCGCUUUCGAUGUUUCUUUCCUUCGAUCAAAAAGGCAAGAAAAUUAAUAAGCCGAAAAAAUAUGUCGUUUGCAUACUGUAUUAUUAAGGAAGGACUCUGUAAAAUUAAAAAUUUCGAGAAGUUUGGCGCGCAGGAGACGCAGGAGAAAGAUUAAUGCGAAGCUAGAGCGCGUCAGUGUUAGGGGUUACGAAGAGGAAAAAGAUGCUUUCAUAUGGGAGUUGUCGAGUAUCUCGCCGUUGCAUGAGGGCCUCGCCCUCAGUUUGUCCCUCUUCCCAUGGGAGGAGGAUGUUGUUACGUGAUAUAUUUUUAUUCCUCAUAUUUUUUUAUCGCGACGAUAGGUUAGAGAGCGAGUAGAGAGUAGCAUACGAGCUGACGUGCCAAAGGAGAGAAUGUGUGUGUAUGAUGUGCGAGAGAGAAAGAGAAAGAGAUAGAAAAUACGAGGAAGAAGCCGAGAGAAUGAGGAGCUCCAGUAUCCUUCUUAAAGUCAAGCAACGAUAUUAUAGUAUACACAAAGCAAACUAUCGUCGCUCGAGGGAACUUUAGAGAGCUUCCGCUUUUACGGCUUAUAUAUCCUAUUCAUCGUUAGGUGAUCAUCGUGCACGGUGUGUCGUCUCGUUAGCGAAUAAAAAAAAGCAAUCCGGACAAUGAAUUAAAAAAUCGUACAAUAGCUUGUUAAUAAUAAUGAGUCAGCCAGUAAUUUGUUUUGAAUAUUAAUGCAAUCCGAGAGUUAGCAAAGACGACCUUCCAACUCUUCCGCUAACGAGAAACUACCGUAUGAUUCUAAAGAUAGAAUGGAUUAGAGUUUGUAAUGAGAGAAUAUACAGGAGGGAGGAUAAUGUCGCGGAUAAAAUUUCUCGUAGGCUAAUCACACGAGACGUAACGCGAGAGGUUUCGAAUCACUUUUCAAGGUCGCGUGUCACUCGUUAAACCUUGAUCCGAACGCGUUCUGAAUUCGUAACUCGAGCUCUCAAGGCGAGAUCGGAGCUUAUUUUUUUACGAAACUGUAAAUUAUCGGUUAACUUCGUUGCGAGGGAUUGAUUUUUCGGUCAAUAUAAUAAACGCGAGCAUUUCACUGUGUGAAAUGAAGAAAUGGUACUUAAUUGUUUGAUGGUAAGCGAGGAUACGCACACUUUGCUCGCGUAUACUUACGACUAGAUAUGAAAUAGAAUUACCUGUUUGCCUCAAGGUAAGAUAUAAGAAUUCUUCAAUAAAAAUCGUAUUUUUCUUCCAAGACAUAGAUUGAUCUUCAGACUUAAUUGUAGCAAUAUCUCGAAUAAGCAGUUUUUAACUAAAAUCAGACAAAUAUUUAAUUUUUAUUUAACCAGUUAUCAAGUUUCGUAGAAAACUAGAAUCAGAAAAAAACAAAGAAUCACUUGAAACAAGAAUAAACUUAACAGAAGUAAUUGAAAAACUUUAAUGAAUUCUUGGCUAAUAAAAAUAUUUAAUUAACCCCGAUCAACAGUAACUGAUGUUUGUACAGUUUGUCUCUAAAAUUAACUUCUUCACACAAUUAGACAAUUAUACGUUUCGAGAGAAAUAACGUGAAUAUAUACUUGCUGAAUGCGUGUGAUCGAAAUCCACUUGAAUAUAUGCGAGACGAUAGCGAACGCAUUCAAGACUUAGGAUACACUAACAUAUCACGUCUUGUCAUAGAGCGUAGUGAGACACCUGUGAAGCUUCACGGUCAUGUAUGGACAAGCAUACUUAAGCAUUAGGCGCAAGCGAGAGCACGGGCUGUGAAUAAUGCAUCUUUCGACGGCUAAAAAGAUCACGGCGAAAGAAACUUAGGAGAUAGACUCGUGAUGACGAGCGGUACAAUUAACAUUCUUUUCCUUUCGCGUUGUGCAACCAAUCGCAAUCGAUCGAUACUUAUCCCCGUCAAAACUCUCGGCCCCAAAACUCAUCCACCCAACUGCUUUUCAAAGCUAUCCGACUUAUUACUUCGCAUUUAGCUUUGAUAAACUGUGUUAAAAUUUUCAACUGAACAUUGAUCUCAACAUUUUGGCGAUAGCAAAAUAAACUAUGUGUUCUCAUACCUUUUUUUUUAGUCAAUGUAAAUGUAAUGAAAAAAUAUUAACAAAUGUGUCUUAAUUAAUUUAAUUUAUAUGGCUUGCUUUUCUUUUCAAGCGAAUGAAUCGUAAAUGCGAAGUGAUAAGUUUUUCAGAAUUACUGGAGACAGGAUUCAAUUGAUGUUUGCGUUGUACGAAGUGGCACGUGCAUGAAAAUUCCGAUUGAAAAAAUAUGAGAUGCGGGAAAUAUUGAAUAUGCGUUAGAUGCGUUCCUUUUAACACCGUUCCUGUGAUUAAACAUUCCGAUGUUAUCCGAUAUGUAAAUAUGUAAUCAGUUUGUUUUGUUGUUUUUGCGUAAUCUGACUUUAUCCUCUCAGACAUGAAAUUAAAAUCAUUCAAGUUGUCACUUAUUCUUCUGAAAUUGAAUAUUUAAAAUUGUUUCAUAUAUAAAAGAGAGAUCUUUUUGUUCAAAAAUAUUAAAACUAUUUUGUAUUCUUAAAAAGAGAAUUCAAUUAAGAGUUGUGAGAAAGAAUAAUUUUUAAAAUUACAUUAAAUAAGAAAAA